AUGGCUUCCACCACCACCAACUUCCUCACUCUUCGCUCUUCAAUUCUCAUAAACCCUAGAUUACCUCUCAAUCUCCGUCCUUUUAACCCUUCUCUUCAUCUCUCUCUUCCCUCUAAACCCUCCUUCAGUCUCUCCUUCAACAACAACCCUAGAAGAACCAUCGUCUCCGCCGUCACCUCUCCGUCUCCGGUACUCUCCACAAAACCCACUUCUCAAUUUCCCUUCUCCGACUCAACCAGAUCAAUCUCAACCCUCGCGCUUCUCUCCGGGCUCGUAACCAAAACCCUGAUUCAGAAACUCGUAAAUCUAACCCCACAGAUUCAAUCCUCCUUCCGAUUCGCCGGUCCCUUGUUCUUCGCGUCGAUUCGUGACCGUCCUGCUGGUUAUCUAAACACACCAUUGACAGUAGUUGCAGCUGGGCUAGCCAAAUGGCUUGAUAUCUACAGUGGUGUGUUGAUGGUUCGAGUUUUACUUAGUUGGUUCCCGAACAUUCCAUGGGAUAGACAACCUUUGUCUGCGAUUAGAGAUUUGUGUGAUCCUUAUCUCAAUCUCUUCAGGAACAUCAUACCUCCGGUCUUUGAUACGCUUGACGUUAGCCCUUUACUUGCUUUUGCUGUUUUGGGAACUUUGGGUUCGAUUCUGAACAAUAGCAGAGGAUAG